CUGCCUCCUUGGGUUUCUGCGAGCUUUAAGCGAGGUAACUACAAGACCGAGCUAUACGACCCUGCUAUGGAAAAGUACCAGCCCUCCCCACAGUGGAUCAAUUUGUUCGUGUUUGUGAAGGACCCUGAGAACAAGAAUCUGCUGGCCCGCCAAUAUGGCCCUCGGGGCAGCUUCACCUUCACCUCCCAGUCUCCAGGAGAGCACCAGGUCUGCCUUCACCUCAAGUCCAUCCGGUUCGCCCUCUUCUAUGAUGGUAAACUGGCCAUUCACUUGGACAUGCAGUUGGGUGAACACACCAAUGAUUAUAUGGAACUUGAGGCCAAUGACAAGCUGACCCUGCUGCAUCUGCGGAUACAGCAGCUGGUGGAGCAGGUUGAGAAGAUCCAGAAGGAACAGGAAUACCAGAGGUGGCGAGAGGAGCGCUUCCGGCAGACCAGUGAGAGCACCAAUCAGAGGGUGCUGUGGUGGUCCAUCCUGCAGACCCUCAUCCUUGUGGCCACCGGCAUCUGGCAGAUGCAGCACCUCAAGAGCUUCUUUAAAGCCAAGAAAUUGGUGUAGAUCAGCCUCAGAGACCAGAGGCCUGGCCUCCAGUCAAUCCCCUGCUGCUGAAUGAUGGGAAGUGGUCUGGCCUGGUCUGUCUCCUGACUUCUCCCAUCCUUCCCAGCCCUGAGGGAUUUCCUAGUUAACUGGCAGGGGGAGAGAGGACCUCGUUCAACUGAUUUUCUUAGUUGGGAUUUGGGAGAGAAUGAGUUUCCAGCUGGAGAUGGCGUGGGUGGGAGGAGCAAGAGGGUGGUGAGUGUUAUCCCCACCCCCAUGUUAAUUAGAAUGAGUAAACUAUCCCAAGAUGGAGAAAUAGAAGUGAAUAUAAAUUAUAACUGUCCAAUUUUCUGAGCUAAACAUUUAUUGCCUCCUAUGCUACAAUUCAUUCUAUAAGGCCAAUCAGAUGUUUAACAUGUGAGGCUUUGGUGGGAGAUUGAUCCCGAAGUGGAUGAGGUGAAGAAUGGUUUUAUCCCAGAAGCAUUAGCAACAUGUGGAACCUUUUCUAGAAAAGUCCAACUUGGACCCCUCUUUUGGGUAACCUGAGUGCUGGUGGUAAUUGUGUGCCCAUUGCACCUUCUCUCUCUGGGCUCUAUUCAGGCUCAUGUGCUACCUUAUUCCAAUUACUUGGACUUCUGGGUUCUUCAAGGAAUCUGAUGUGCCCCUCUGUGGUCCUGCUUUUUUUCAGUUGACCUCUGUCUCUCUGUGAUUCCAUUGGCUUGUCUUUUAGGAGAUGCCUGAAGUUCUAAGUCACUGCUUCCAUUAUAUUCAGCAUCUCCCGUAACUCAGCCUUCACAAGUGCACACAGGUAUGCAUGCAUUCGUGCUAAGUCGCUUCAGUCAUGUCCAACUCUUUGCAACCCUAUGGACUGCAGACUGCCAGGCUCCUCCGUCCAUGGGGAUUCUCCAGGCAAGAAUCUGGAGUGGGUUGUCAUGCGUUCCUCCAGGGGAUAUUUCUGACCCAGGGACAGAACCCAUGUCUCUUAUGUCUAUCUGCAUUGGCAGGCAGGUUCUUUACCACUGGCACCACCUGGGAAGCCCUGGCACACAGGUAUAGAUGCCCCCCAUUGCUUCUGCCUGAUCUAAUCCACAUUUUACCAAAUUCUAUGCUGGCGGCCCUGUUGGGUUAUAGUCAUCUCUCAUGUGAAUUUGACAUUUUCUGUUAUAAGGAAAUUCACUGGUUGGCAUUUCAAUAAAUUCA